AUGUCGUACCCUCGGGCUUUUCUCCUCCAGUCCUCCGUGUCCGUGUCUCUUCCUCCGGCUCCGUCCUUCAGCGCCGGCCUCCUCUUGGCACCGAGGACCGAGGAGCUGACUCGCUCCUCUUCGGGCUCCGCCUUCGCUCCGUACCCGGGAUCAGCGACUUCUCCCGGCUUCAACCUGCACCUCCGGUACGGGGGAGGAAGAGGAGCAGGAGGAAGAGGAGCCGGAGGAAGAGGAGCCGGAGAGGCGCGGGCCGCUGAGACCCUCAGCGGGUUCAUGAGUCCAGGGUUCGACCCGUCCUCAGGGACCCCCCCCUCCUUAGACUUCCUCCCGUUCGGGGCCCUGGGGCCCUUCCCGUACUGUGACCCCGCCUACAGGAAGAACGCCACGCGGGACGCCACGGCCACGCUGAAGGCCUGGCUGAACGAGCACAGGAGGAACCCGUACCCCACCAAGGGCGAGAAGAUCAUGCUGGCCAUCAUCACCAAGAUGACCCUGACCCAGGUGUCCACCUGGUUCGCCAACGCCCGGCGGCGGCUGAAGAAGGAGAACAAGAUGACAUGGACGUCACGGAACCGGAGCGAGGACGAGGAGGAGGAGGACGACAUCGAGCUGGAGCGGAACGAUGAAGACGAGGGAACGCAGAAGACGAAGACUGGGGGCCGUGCCUCCUCGGUUCUGGACUCCACUGAGCUGAUGUUCAGAGACGGGAGAAGCAGUGACGUUGAUCUGGACUUUAACGAGUCGGGGGACAGGAGCCCCCACACCCCCGGUCCCCCCCCCACAGGGACGCCUCCUCAGAACUCACCACUCGAGAGCGGGUCGAAGCUGGAGUCCAGAGACUCCUUUGCCAGCAUCCAGGGGCCCAACCCGGCCCCUAAACCCAAACUGUGGUCCCUGGCUGAGAUCGCCACGUCGUCGGACAAAACAAAAGGCUCUAAUGAAUCGUCUCAGAGUGGGGGGGGCGGCCACAGCCCCUCCCUGCCCCAACACCUCUACUACACCUCCCCCUUCAUCCCAGCGUACUCCCACUAUGGCCCCCUGGGGCCCCUGCACAGCAACCUGGCCGGUCAGCUGCGGUCAGCUGGAGCUCACGAACUCAGGAAGGAGACGGACAUGUAG